GGCUCGCCUGUGCGCUACGGCGCAUGCUCCAUUUCCGGGUCACGUGACGCCUGUCAUGGCCGCCUCCGUGGCCCGGGGCGGCGUGAACGCUGGGUUCUUGCUGCGGGUGGCCAAAGGUCGCUGGUGGAGCCGUUCAGGGGGGUUUUUGGGGUCCGGGGAGGCGGCGCCACCAGCGACAGCCAGAAAAUUCCGGGUGACAGGCUCGCGCUCGGCGGGGGAGGAAGAACCCGGCGGCCCCGAGCGGCCCGGGGACGUGGUGAACGUGGUGUUCGUAGACCGGUCAGGCCAACGGAUUCCGGUGAGAGGCAGAGUCGGGGAUAAUGUUCUCCACCUGGCCCAGCGCCACGGGGUGGACCUGGAAGGGGCCUGCGAAGCGUCCCUGGCGUGCUCCACCUGCCACGUGUAUGUGAGCGAGGACCACCUGGACUUUCUGCCGUCUCCUGACGAGCGGGAGGAUGACAUGCUGGACAUGGCCCCCCUCCUCCAGGAGAACUCCCGGCUGGGCUGCCAGAUCAUCCUGACGCCGGAGCUGGAAGGGGCCGAAUUCACCCUGCCCAAGAUCACCAGGAACUUCUACGUGGAUGGUCACGUCCCCAAGCCGCACUGAUAAUGGGCCCCUGGACCAUCCCGGACACCCAUGGCCCGAGGGUCAGGACUGGAGAAAUAGCCUCGUUGCCAGCCCAGCCCAGAGCAUGGACAGGCCGGAGAGAGAUGUCAGAAGCACCGAGAAGCCAAAUGCUUCAGAGGGAUCCCGUGUCCAGGCUCCGGUGGAGACAGAGCCCCUGCUGGGGCGGCCCCGGAGAACCCGAGUGUGGAAAGGGUUGGAGUCUAAUUAGAGUGACAAUAAAACCAUCUUGCAGAA